UUGUAGCUACUAUUCAUGUCAAGUGAAUUUUAUUUUAUAAUGGCGAAAUAGGCCUCUCCUAGUUUAUCAAACAUGUCUCGUAAAUCUUCGCUGACUAAAUGCAGUCCAACUAUUUUAAAGCCGCCUAUGAACGCAUCUGAGUACGGAAGUGCACGUCAAAUAUGCUACAUCAAGCUCAUGAAAAUGAUACCGAAAGUAACUUGAACUUGCUAAAACUCUGCUCAAGUUCGAAAACAAUCAGGCAUUGUAAAAAAUCAAAAUGGCAAAUCGUACAGAUGAUAUAAUGAAACUCUGCUGUGAAAUCUCGGCAAACAAGAAGAUUAAAGCAGCAUUUAAAAACUCCGCGAAAGGAGCCGUCGUUGCAGGAGGAACUGCUUUUUUUGGAGGGCUGCUCGGUGGUCCUGCCGGGAUAGCUGUUGGUGCUGCUGUAGGGGGUGCUCUGGGCGGAUGGAUGACCAGCGGGCAGUUCAAACCUCUUCCUGAGAUCCUCAUGGAAAUGAGUCCUAAACAGCAGGAGCAACUGUACUCCGAUGUCAUGGCCAUAGUGGGUACACUGAAAUGGACUGAGGUUGUGCAGCUGAUUGCUCAAGUUAAUGGGAACGCCUCACUACAUGAGCAGGUGCUGGGUGCUGUACUUAAUUUUACUAAAAACCAACUCAAAGCUGAAGUGAAGUAUGAAGACUGACAGCUGGAGAGGGUGAAUAUUACUGGUUUAGUUUUGGUAAUUUAUUUUUUACAGAACUAGAUGGACGAGUUGCUACUAUAUUUUGCAUUUUGCUGAUGAGAAGGCUAACGAUACACUGCAACUUUUUGAUCUAUUUGCCGGUAGUACUGUUCUUUGUGCACUUUCCAAUUGAAGAUCGGUUAUACAAGAAGAUGGUUUCUGGAUACUCUAGAUUGGUCGUGGGACCUGUGUCUCACCUGGUUGGCGGCUGAUAGCAACAUUGCUCAGAAAGUUGCCCCCUGUACAAUCAGCCUUUCUGUCAUAUAUCUGACUUUUCAAUAAAACACUAUGACUUAAGAAGUAAUAAAGUGGAACUUGUAAAAAAUAUUGGACCUACAUGUUUAGACCAGACAUUUUACAUAUCAGAAAAAAUAGACAUGAUCAUAAAUGAUUCAAAGCAGAUGUUUUCAUCAUCCUUUUAAUUGGUCAAUGCAAAAUGUAUAAUGUAGGCAUCACUGCGUGUUGACAUGAAUGAAUAAAGAAAUACAUAAUGGUGAUGUAUAAAGGUGUUUUUAUUCCAAGCCAAAAGUCCAAAGUAGAAAAAUUAUUGUUCCACUAUAAAGAAAAACAAACUAUAUAUACACAUUCAUACAUAUACAAGGCCGCUGUUAUGUAUUUUUUGUUUGUUUCUUUGUAUGUAUGUGUUUGUUAGUGUGUGUGUGUGUGUGUGUAUGCUGUUAUGUUUUUUCUUGGUCUGAAAAAUAUCAAAUGUGAGUGUUCUGUGGGUGAAAAUGCCUUGUUGUCACAGGAGAAUGGCCAGACUGGUUCGAGCUGAUAUGAAGGUACAAUAGCUCUAAUAACCACUUAUGAUUAAGGUUUGAUUUGAUUUGAUUUAAUGGUUUAUUUAAAAGGGGACAGUGCAAUUUCAUAAAACACAUGAACAAACAUGGUUAAAAAAAGCCAGAAUUAGCCAAAAGGCUAUUUUUCAUCUGUAGUCCCCUGGCCAAGAUGUAAAAAA